GAGAAAUAAACCCAGGAAGGGUAAGGAUUACACCACAAGUACAUGGUAGAGCCAAGAGCUGAGCCCUGGUUUCUUGACCCCCAGCUUCUGCAUGUUUUCUGCCAGAUGAUUCUGUGGUCCCCACACCUUGGUUUCUAACUACAGAUGCAAAAAGAAUAGAUGUGUAGAUGGAUAGUUAGAUAGAUGGAUACAUGGGUGUACCUCAGACCAAAUAAAUCAGAAUCUCUGAAAAUGAGGCCAGGUUUGGGAACCACUGCUGCACCCUGUGUUGGCAGAAGCAAACCUAAAUCCAGGACAGUCCCUUGGUAAUGUCCAGGGCUCCAGGAAGAGAUGUCUUUGUGGCUGGAGGCCCCUGUGCCUGAUGUUUCUCCUGACUGUGCAGUGGAGCUGUGGGAGCCAGAUGCACGAGAUGCAAGCAGCCAGCCUCUGGGAAGCAGCAACUGUAUCCUCAGGGAGGAAUCUAGCACACCCCAAUCUGCUGGGGGCACUUCACGGGUGGGGCUGGAGGCAACAGAGUCCACAGCCCUGCUCCCCGGGGUGGAGGCCCCUCCAGAGUCCACAGAGCUUCGUCCACAAAAGCGGAAAAAGGGGCCAGCCCCCAAAAUGCUCGGGAAUGAGCUGUGCAGUGUGUGUGGGGACAAGGCUUCCGGCUUCCACUACAACGUGCUGAGCUGCGAGGGCUGCAAGGGAUUCUUCCGCCGCAGUGUCAUCAAAGGGGCGCGCUACAUCUGCCACAGUGGGGGCCACUGCCCCAUGGACACCUACAUGCGUCGCAAGUGCCAGGAGUGCCGCCUUCGCAAAUGCCGCGAGGCCGGCAUGCGGGAGGAGUGUGUUCUGUCAGAAGAACAGAUCCGUCUGAAGAAACUGAAGCGGCAAGAGGAGGAACAGGCUCAGGCCACAUCCGUGUCCCCGAGGGCUUCCUCUCCGCCCCAAGUCCUGCCCCAGCUCAGCCCGGAGCAGCUGGGCAUGAUUGAGAAGCUGGUGGCUGCCCAGCAGCAGUGUAACAGACGUUCCUUCUCAGACCGGCUUCGAGUCACGCCUUGGCCCAUGGCACCAGACCCCCAGAGUCGGGAGGCCCGUCAGCAACGCUUUGCCCACUUCACGGAGCUGGCCAUUGUCUCUGUGCAGGAGAUCGUUGACUUUGCCAAACAGCUGCCGGGCUUCCUGCAGCUCAGCCGGGAGGACCAGAUUGCCCUCCUGAAGACCUCUGCAAUUGAGGUGAUGCUUCUGGAGACAUCUCGGAGGUACAACCCUGGCAGUGAGAGUAUUACCUUCCUCAAGGAUUUCAGUUAUAACCGGGAAGACUUUGCCAAAGCAGGGCUGCAGGUGGAGUUCAUCAACCCCAUCUUUGAGUUCUCCAGAGCCAUGAAUGAGCUGCAACUAAAUGAUGCUGAGUUUGCCUUGCUCAUUGCCAUCAGCAUCUUCUCUGCAGACCGGCCCAACGUGCAGGACCAGCUCCAGGUAGAGAGGCUGCAACACACAUAUGUGGAGGCCCUGCAUGCCUACGUCUCCAUCCACCACCCCCAUGACCGACUCAUGUUUCCACGGAUGCUAAUGAAACUGGUGAACCUCCGGACACUGAGCAGUGUCCAUUCAGAGCAAGUAUUUGCGCUGCGCCUGCAGGAUAAAAAGCUUCCCCCGCUGCUCUCUGAGAUCUGGGAUGUGCACGAGUGACCGAUCUUCCGCUGUGUCUUCUGUUUUCUGAGCUGGAUGGCUGAGGCUGGUGGCUGCCUCCUAGAGGUGGAACCGACUGAGAAGGACAAACAUUCCUGAGGGCUGGGCAAAGGAGAUCCUCAAGUGGCAUUAAAGGAGAGUCAAAGGG